UUUUUGAAAAGUAUAUACUUAGCAGCAAAAUGGCAAAGAAGAAGAGCAAGAAAUCAGCAGCACAACAGAAACCAGCUGAGCCAACCUCUCAGCCUAAAUAUGAAGUUACUAAGGACGAAGUGACCAUUGGAACUCCUGUACCAGAUCCUGAAUUAGAACUCAAAGAGCCCCAUCCUGAACAGAAGGAGGAAAUCAAAAUUGAUAUGGAUAAAGUUAAUGAAGAAGAAAAAGAUACAGACAAAAAGAGACCGAUCAAGAGGAAGAACUCUAAGUUUUUGAUGCAAGAUGGGGGCUCCUCCCCACUCCUUAGGCCUGAGUUCAUCUAUCACAACGAAGACAAGGCUCAAAAGAUAUGGAGCUUGAUGCAGACAUAUCAAGGGAUUGAUCAAAAAUCCAUCCAGCGUUCGAUCGUGAACCAUGUUGAAUAUACUUUGGCUAUGACUAGGUUCAACUUCUCAGAUUUUGGGUGUUACCAAGCAACUGCGUUCUCGCUCAGAGAUAGACUAUUAGAGUCAUGGAAUGACACUAACCAAUACUUCACUACACACAAUGUGAAAAGAGUCUAUUAUCUUAGUCUUGAGUUCUUGCUCGGCCGUUUGAUGCAGAACACCCUGAACAAUAUCAAUAUGGAAAAGAACUACAGGGAAGCUCUCAUGGACAUUGGGUAUGAUCUUGAACGCCUCUAUGAUGAAGAGGUAGACCCAGCCCUCGGAAAUGGGGGUCUUGGCCGCCUUGCAGCCUGCUUCCUAGACUCACUAGCAACUCUUGAAGUCCCAGCCUGGGGAUAUGGAAUUAGAUAUGACUACGGAAUAUUUAAACAAGUCAUCAGAGAUGGAUAUCAAUGCGAAAUUCCAGAUUUUUGGCUCAGUGGUGGAAACCCAUGGGAAAUCGAGAGACCAGAGGUCAUCUAUCCAAUCAGAUUUUACGGAUACACUGAAAAAUACGAAGAAGACGGUGUAGAAAGAGCUCAAUGGAAGGGAGGAGAAAUUGUCAUGGCCAAGGCAUAUGAUACCCCUGUCCCUGGAUAUAAUACCUUCAAUUGUAAUAACUUGAGACUUUGGAAAUCUCUACCAGCAAGAGAGUUUGAUUUCCAAUCUUUUAAUAAAGGUGAUUAUCUUUCAUCAGUCGAAUCCAAACAAAGAGCUGAAUAUAUCACCUCAGUCCUCUACCCGAAUGAUAACUCUGAAGAAGGUAAAGAGCUUAGACUAAAGCAACAAUACUUCUUCUGUUCAGCAACGGUAAGAGAUGUUAUCAGAAGGUUCAAGAAGAAUAACUCAGACUGGAAAGAUUUUCCAAAUAAAGCUGCCCUCCAGCUUAACGAUACUCAUCCAGCUAUCGCAGCAGUGGAGUUUUUGAGGAUCCUGAUUGAUGAAGAGAAGCUAGACUGGGGAGAGGCUUGGAAGAUCCUUCAUAGCUCAUUCUCUUAUACAAAUCACACGGUUCUUCCUGAAGCCUUGGAAACAUGGAGUGUUGGUUUGAUUAAUCAUCUACUUCCAAGACACAUGGAGCUGAUCUACCUGAUCAACCACUUCUUCAUGGAUGAAGUUGCCAAGAAAUAUCCAGGAGAUUACCAAAGAAUGCAAGAGAUGUCUCUCAUCGCUGAAGGAGACGACAAAAAGGUUAGGAUGGCUAACUUAUGCAUUCUAUGCAGUCAUAAAGUCAAUGGAGUGGCUGAACUUCAUACAAAACUAAUCCAAGAGACUAUUUUCAAGAGAUUCCAUGAGUACUUUCCAAACAAAAUUGAGAACAAAACCAAUGGAGUCACUCCUAGGAGGUGGAUUCACUGUGCAAAUCCUAAACUCUCUGCACUUAUCACUGAGGCUCUUGACGAUUCAGAAUGGAUCGGUGAACUUGAAAGAGUAGAAUACCUGGAAAAUUUUGCUGAAGAUGAAGAAUUUAUUCAAAAAUGGAUAGACAUCAAGAAACAAAACAAGGAGAAACUUGCUGCUAAGAUCGAGGAAGUGGUAGGAGUUAAGAUCCCCAUCAAUGCUCUAUAUGAUGUCCAGAUCAAAAGGAUCCAUGAGUACAAGAGACAACUCAUGAAUAUUCUCUAUGUUAUUCACAGAUAUCUGACUAUCAAAGAUAUGUCCCCAGCCGAUAGAGAGAAGGUUGUCCCCAGAGUUGUGAUCAUUGGUGGAAAGGCAGCUCCUGGGUACCACAACGCUAAGGCUAUCAUCAAACUAGUCAAUGGUGUAGGGGAUAUCGUCAAUAACGACAAAGACAUUGGUGAUACUCUCAAGGUGAUCUUUUAUCCAAAUUACUGAGUAUCCGCAGCCCAGACCUUAAUUCCUGCAUCUGAGCUUAGCCAGCAUAUUUCUACUGCAGGUAUGGAAGCUAGUGGAACAAGUAAUAUGAAGUUCGUGAUGAACGGAUGCCUCAUCAUUGGUACCAUGGAUGGAGCAAAUGUUGAAAUUUCAGAAGAAGUCGGUGAGGAAAACAUGUUCAUCUUCGGAGCAAGAGUUGAAGAAGUCAACGACCUUAGGAACAGACUCUUCUCUGGAGAGCAUAAACCUAUAGACAGAAGACUACAAAGAGUUUUCGACUCAAUUCUAUCAGGAACUUUCGGAGAUGUUUCUAUCAUUUAUCCGAUUAUUCAUAACUUGAUGGAAGGAAAAGAUUACUAUCUUGUCACUGAAGACUUUGACUCCUAUGUCAAAGCACAGAAUAAGGUUGAUGAUACAUAUAGGGAUCAGAAGAAGUGGAACAUGAUGUCCAUCCUUGGUGUUUCCAGAUCAGCCAAAUUCUCCUCUGAUAGAACUAUAGAAGAAUACUGUGAAUCUAUUUGGAAGGUUGACAGAGUACCUAUCCCAACACCAAAUGAUACUGAAAGGGUUAGAUCAUUCUGCAAAGUCUAUUCUGCUGCAAAGAACUAGAAAGAUGAGCUUGAAAGAUGCUGAAAACUUACAUCUUUAAUCUAGUUCAAUAC